AUGGCUCCGCAGGAUACCUUCUUCCGCUCGGCGGACAUGAGCUUGACACAGCUCUAUAUUGCCAACGAAAUCGGAAGAGAGGUUGUGAGCGCUUUGGGUGAAGUAGGCGAGGUUCAGUUCCGUGAUUUGAACCCGGAUACGAAUGCUUUCCAACGCACCUUUACCAAAGAGAUUCGUCGUCUAGACAAUGUUGAGAGGCAGCUCCGUUACUUCCAUUCCCAGAUGGACAAGGCAGCCAUUCCUAUGAGAUCUUCUUCCGACUUCUCCGACACACUGGCUGCUCCCCUAGCCUCCGAGAUUGAUGAGUUGGCUGAUCGCAGCGAGAGCCUCGAGCAGCGAAUUGUCUCUCUGAACGAUAGCUACGAGACCCUGAAGAAGCGCGAAGUCGAGCUGACCGAAUGGCGAUGGGUGUUGAGAGAGGCCGGUGGUUUCUUCGACCGUGCCCAUACCCAAACGGAAGAUAUCCGCAAUUCUUUCGACAACGACGAAGCUCCUUUGCUCCGCGAUGUUGAGCAACAUGCACCCCGUCAGAACGGAGACACCCACGGCCAACAGAGCUUCUCGGAAAUGAACAUUGGCUUUGUGGCUGGUGUCAUCCCCCGAGACCGUAUUGGAGCCUUUGAGCGUAUUCUUUGGCGUACUCUUCGUGGUAACCUCUACAUGAACCAGUCCGAAAUCCCGGAGCCUAUCAUCGACCCCGUCACCAACGAGGAAAUCCACAAGAACGUCUUCGUCAUCUUUGCCCACGGCAAGAACAUUCUUGCCAAGAUUCGCAAGAUCUCCGAAUCACUCAACGCCUCCUUGUACGGAGUCGAUGAGAACAGCGAGCUGCGCAGGGACCAGAUUCACGAAGUCAACACUCGCCUGGGAGACGUUGGCAAUGUGUUGAACAACACCAAGAACACUCUUGAUGCGGAACUCAGACAGAUUGCUCGUUCUCUCGCCGCCUGGAUGAUUAUCGUCAAGAAAGAGAAGGCCGUUUAUGAUACGUUGAACAAGUUCUCGUACGACCAAGCACGGAAAACGCUGAUCGCCGAGGCAUGGUGCCCGACCAACUCUCUUGCUUUGAUUAAGUCCACUCUACAGGAUGUCAACGACCGUGCCGGUCUCACCGUCCCCACAAUUGUCAACCAGAUCCACACCAACAAGACUCCUCCCACCUAUGUCAGGACCAACAAGUUCACUGAAGCAUUCCAGACCAUCAUGAAUGCUUAUGGUAUUCCAAAGUACAAGGAAGUCAACCCUGGCUUAUACGCUGUUGUUACUUUCCCCUUCAUGUUUGCCGUCAUGUUCGGUGACUGCGGUCACGGUUUACUAAUGACCAUGGCCGCCUCUGCUAUGAUCUUCUGGGAAAAGAAGUUGCACCGGGCUAAGCUGGAUGAGUUGAUGUAUAUGGCUUUCUACGGAAGAUAUGUCAUGCUGAUGAUGGGUCUCUUCUCGAUUUAUACCGGAUUCAUCUACAACGAUAUCUUCUCGAAAUCCUUUACUGUUUUCCCCAGUCAGUGGCAGUGGCCAGAGGAAAUUAAGGCUGGCCAAAUGGUCGAGGCGACCUUGAAAGAGGGCUAUCGCUUCCCCUUCGGAUUGGAUUGGAACUGGCAUGAGGCAGACAACUCUUUGCUCUUCUCAAACAGUAUGAAGAUGAAGAUGAGUGUUCUCCUCGGUUGGUGCCACAUGACCUAUGCACUUUGCCUGCAGUUAGUCAACGCACGGCACUUCAAGUCCAAGGUUGACAUUUGGGGCAACUUUAUCCCCGGCAUGCUCUUCUUCCAGUCCAUCUUUGGUUACCUUGUCCUUACCGUGCUCUACAAGUGGUCCGUUAACUGGGGAGAGACGGGUGCGAACCCCCCGCUCUACCCGGGACAGGCUACCGUACAGGUUCUCUUACUCCUCCUUGCUGUCUCCCAGGUGCCUGUCAUGCUCUUCCUCAAGCCAUUCUGGCUCCGCCACGAGCACAACAAGUCUCGUGCCCUUGGAUACCGUGGUCUCGGCGAGCAAUCCCGGGUUAGUGCUCUCGAAGAUGAUGAUUUGGACGGCGGCCUCGGCAACCGUGACAGUCUUGCUAGUGACGGAGAGGCUGUUGCAAUGAUCGCUCAGGAUAUUCACGAGGGCGACGAACACGAGGAGUUCGAGUUUGGCGAAGUCAUGAUCCACCAGGUUAUCCACACCAUCGAAUUCUGUCUUAACUGUAUCUCUCAUACGGCCUCUUACCUCCGUCUGUGGGCCUUGUCACUCGCUCACCAGCAGCUGUCCAUCGUUCUCUGGACCAUGACCAUUGGUGGCGCCUUUGAACAGGAAAGCCCCGUUACCCGAGUUAUCAUGAUUGUUGUCAGCUUCUACCUUUGGUUUGUGCUGACCAUUGCCAUUCUCUGUGUGAUGGAGGGAACCAGUGCCAUGUUGCACUCGCUCCGUCUGCACUGGGUUGAGUCUAUGAGUAAGCACUUUAUCGGAGAAGGUAUUCCCUUCAUGCCGUUCAGCUUCAAGACUCUUUUGGAGGAUGAUCCUGUUGACUAA